AUGACAACUAUUACUCAAUUGGAAGAUUUAUCGAAUGAAAUAUUUUUGAUUGUCGUAUUUCGUAUAAAUCAAUCUAGUGAUGUUAAAGACGACACACUUAAGACAUCUGACGCAUCUCAGUUUAUUCAAUUGAUUUUAAUAGAUACACCAUCAACACUUCGCUCAGCUGUCCUUUAUUUUCAUUAUAAUCAUUCUCAAAUUAUAACAACAUCAAUAGCUACAACAAAUCUUACACAUUUUCAAAUUAUGUUUUAUGGACAUGAUAUACUUAAUGUAGCAACAAUAACAAAAGUAGUUCGUCAAGCAUAUAAUGCUGCUGCUGCUGAUCGACUUUCUUGUUUCAAAGUUAAAAAUUUUCUUAAUACAAAAAAGAUAACAAAUAUCAAAGAAGCCAACAACUGUAUGGAAAGUUCGUUAAGAAAAAGAGUAAAUAUUCAAGAUUAUUCUGACUUCAAUGAAGAGGACGAACCAUCAGACUCGGAGAAUGAAUCUGAUGAAAUGUUUGAUUCUGAAAGUGAUGUUGACCGUGAAGAUCAACAAUAUGAAGCAUCAACCAUCUCUUCGGAUGGAUUGUUUGGUGAUUUAGAUGGAAUCAAAUUUUCUGGUAGGGGAGUAUUCGGUAAAGUAUUAGAAAAAUCUGAUUUGAAUUGGAAAUCAAUCGGAAGAAAAAAUGUAAAAACAAACAAACAAACUGCUUGUUGGAUUGUAACGCAAAACAAAUCAGUCUUGUCAAACGAUGGUGUGACUCGUGCAAUUCAGAAAUAA